UCCAAUGAAAUGCGUAGAGCGUACAGCACGUCAUAAUCAUAAUAUUGUUAAUGCAUAUUCACGUGAAAUCUACAGAAGUUCAGAAGUUAUGUGCACAGGCAACAUAGAAAAGGUUUCUCUAAAGUUACAGAGCUCAGAAGAGGCAUCUGAGAAUGUGAAGUUUGAAGAUAUUAUUGAUCAAAUAGGUGGUAAUGGAAAGUUUCAAUUACGGCAUAACAUAAUUUUCAUCUGUCUAUCAGCCACUUUUUUAUCAAUGACUAUCUAUGGCAAAAUGUUAGCAAUUACAGUCCCUGAUCAUUGGUGUUUUGUGCCAGGAAUAGAGAAGGCAAAUGUCAGUGUGGACACUUGGAAGGACAUGACAAUUCCCAGGAAUGGAAAGACCUACAGUGCGUGUCUCAUGUACAAGAGUCCAGGAGAAAAGAACGAGACUAUCCCAUGCAUGUAUGGCUGGGAAUAUGAUGACUCUUGGUUCUCCCUCACUGCUGCAUCUCAAGAAAACUGGGUGUGUGAUAAAGCCGUAUAUGUACAUACAUCAAUUUCAAUGGCCCUCUUGUUCUCAACAUUUUUUGGAGUGGCAUUCUUCUAUUUUGGAGACAGGUUUGGAAGAAGAAAGCAAUACAUUUUCUGUAUGUGUUUGGCAAUCAUAUUUCGAGGAAUGCAGCCAUUUACAGCUUCCAUUUUUCCACUCUUUGUCACAGCAUCAGCAAUAGCUUCAGCAGCUUCAAUGCCUGCUGCAGAAUCAGUCCUUGCUAUAGGAAUAGAGUUGUGUGGCAUCAGGCAUCGAUCAGCCAAUAAUUUUAGGUUGUCUCUCUGUUUUGCCAUGGGAACUAUUAGUAUAAUACUGAUAGCCUGGAUUUUGAGAAACUGGGUUUACUUUACGCUGGUAGCAGCAGUAUUGUGUGCCAUUCCUUUAUUUUUUAUCAGGUAUCUACCUGAGUCUCCACGUUGGUGUGUUGCCAAGGGGCAUCCAGAAAGGGCUCUUAAAGUGCUUCGGGGUGUUGCUACGACAAAUGGUAGGGUAUUGCCAGAUGAUACUCUCAUCAAACUGAAGAAUCUGUCUAAACAAACAACAGGAAAACUUAGUUUGAAGACUAUAUUUUUGAAUAAAAUUCUAUUAAAGAAUACACUGCUUCUCAUUUGGAGCCGGGCAGCUUCAGGACUUAUUACACUUACUCUGCUGUUGAGUACCAAGGCAUUUGGAGGAAAUCCUUUUGUUCCCUUCAUUGGGCAGGCAGCUCUUCAUAUACCAGCCAUAAGUAUGUCACAUUAUGUUGGCAACAAAUUUGGAAGACGAUGUUCACAUUCGUUCACAGUGCUAACUGCAGCUAUUUUGUUAUACCUUAUCAUCUGCUUAAUCACUGCAUCAUCACCACAAUGGAUGGUAACUGCCAGUACUCUGGUGGUGCAGUUCUGUGCUCAAGCAUCAGUCUCAUUCACAAACUUGCAGAGCCUGGAGAUACAUCCUACAUGUGUCAGACAAACAAGUGUGGCUAUGGAAUAUAUGCUUAUGAAUGCUGUUAUUUGUGUAGCUCCAUACAUUGCUUUUGUGGGAGCAGAAAUUGAAUCUCGGUACAUGUUUGGGAUACUUGGAACCAUUAUGCUUAUUACUUCGCUUCUGAUAUCAUUUCUACCAGAAUCCUUGAACAAGAUACUUCCAGAGACUUUAGUGGAUGUUUCUACAUUUGGCCAGUCGCAGAAGUACUGGAUAUUUUUCCCUAAAGGAACGUUAGGAAGCAGAAAGCCCUAGUUUAUAUACCAGUACACCUCAGCCUGUAAGCUUAUUUUUAUG